UCAUUUCUUUGUCUUAUGUCUGAAACUUUGAUUCCUUACCCUGUUCUGCUCUCCAAUUUCUGUUUCCUUUGUUUUUCAUUUACUUGAUUUAAUUUUUGACCAAUUUUUAGUUUUCCACUGGUUUUUUUGUGGCAAAAAAAGAUUUCUUUUUUGGGUUCCUUAAAAUACUGAAGUUGAUGUUUGCAUUCCUCUCUGUUUAAUUCAUGACACCGUUUUUUCUGUGGACCACUUAGAAAUUGAUAGGUGUUUUGUUGAAUUUUCAGAACGUGUUUUUUGAAAAAAAAAAAAAUUAAAAAUUAGAUUGGUGAAGAAAAUGCAAAAUAAAAAAACAUGUGUAAUUUUUUUUUUAAAAAAAAAAAAAAAAAAAUUCUGAAGACUCGACCAAAUAAAGCAUUUGGGCCCCUCUCCCCUGGUAGUUGGGUUUUCCCUAUUUCCAUGGAUCUGGUUCGCCAUCUCUUUUAAGCUCACUGGUCUUGUUAAUCACUUAUUCACCAACAAAAUAAAAAAAGAAAAAGAAAAAAGAUGGAAGAAGGGUCUGAUUUUCGGUGUUGGGACGAACUAAUCCCCGACGCACUGGGCCUAAUUUUUCGCAAUCUAUCACUCCAGGAGAUGCUAACAGUGGUGCCCAGAGUAUGCAAAUCAUGGGGCAAUGUGGUAAUAGGACCUUAUUGCUGGCAAGAGAUAGACAUUGAGGAAUGGAGCAACCGGUCCGAUCCUGACAACAUUGAUCGGAUGCUUCAGAUGCUUCUCGUGCGAAGCUCCGGUUCGCUGCGAAAGCUGUGUGUUUCUGAGCUGCAGACUGACCUCAUUUUCUCCUUCGUUGCAGAGCAUGCCGGUUCUCUUAAAACAUUGCGACUGCCAAGAAGCAAUAUGAGCGAUGCAAUUGUGGAACAAUGUGCUGCGAGGCUUUCCACCAUCACCUUCUUAGAUUUGAGCUAUUGUGGUAAAGUUGGAGCUCGUUCUUUGGAAGCUGUUGGAAAGCACUGCAAAUUGCUCACGGGGCUUCGCCGGAACAUGCAUCCCAUAAACAUAGAAGGCAAGGUUUCACAGGAGGAUGAGGCUCAUGCCAUUGCCGCCGCAAUGCCCAAGAUCAAGCAGCUUGAGAUAGCUUACCUUCUCAUCGACACUGAAAGCGUUCUCGAGAUCAUCUGUAGCUGUCCAGAGCUUGAGUUCUUGGAUUUGAGAGGGUGUUGGAAUGUCAAGCUUGACAACAAAUAUGUUAACGACAAGUCUCCGAAAUUGAGGAUUUUGGGACCCCAUGUCGUUGACCAUUAUGAGAGGAACAACUGGGAAGGUUACUCAGAUUACUCGGACUCGUUUUACGAUACUGACAGUUUCGAUGGAAUGUGGGAUGAUGAGGAGAGUCUGGAGCUGAGGUUCUAUGAGGGAUUGGAAGAGGACUCUGGUUAUGGAUGGCCUCUAUCUCCUUGAAGUCUUUCUUUCUCAUCCCCCCUGUGAAAUUGUGUUUCCUUUUUUUUCUGUUUCUUGUUGUUUGUACUUUGGAACUUAGUUUUAUGUGCUUUAUGGAUGUAUAUGUUUCAAUGGAAUCAACCUGUGUGGUUUUCUAUGUUCCAAUGUGAAGAGUAAUUAUCAGUUCUUGUUGGAGACAA